AUGGAGCGAUUGGCGGCAGCUCUGGGCCGCCUGGCGUGGAGCUCCGGCCCGCCGCUGCCGCUCGACCUUAUCGUGGCCAAAUGCCGCUUGCCCGCCCUCGUGCGCCCCGGCCCGGGGGAGUAUGUAGAGGGGGUCAGUGACCAAGAUGUGCUUCUCAUCCACUCCUGUCGUCAGUGGACUACAGUGACGGCCCACAGCUUGGAGGAAGGACAUUAUGUCAUUGGCCCCAAGAUUGACAUCCCCCUCCAAUAUCCAGGGAAAUUUAAGCUGCUGGAUCAGGACAGGGACGUCCGGGAGCCUGUGCAGUACUUCAACAGUGUGGAGGAGGUGGCGAGCAUCUUUCCAGACCGUGUGUUCGUCAUGGAGGCCAUCACCUUCAGCGUAAAGGUUGUGUCCGGUGAGUUCAGUGAAGACAGCGAAGUAUACAAUUUCACGCUGCAUGCAGGAGAUGAAUUAACACUUAUGGGCCAGGCAGAGAUUCUGUGCGCAAAAGCUGCGAAAGAAAAGUCACGUUUGAACACACUGCUGAGGAAGUUGGGCAAAGCAGGUGUCCCUGGCACUGGUGGUGGGAAUGGUGGUAGUGGCAACAGCAGCAGCGGCAGCAACACUGGGGGUGGCAGCGGCAAACAGUUGAAGGGCAAAAUGCCUUGCUUGAUCUGUAUGAACCAUCGAACCAACGAAAGCCUCAGCUUGCCUUUCCAGUGCAAAGGGCGCUUCAGCACUCGCUCACCACUGGAACUGCAAAUGCAGGAGGGGGAGCAUACAAUUCGCAGUAUCAUCGAGAAGGUGCGACUGCCUGUCAAUGUGAUUGUGCCCAGCCGGCCGCCUCGAAACCCCUAUGAUCUGCAUGCCAUCCGGGAGGGCCACUGUUACAAGUUGGUGAGCAUCGUCUCCAAGACAGUGGUCUUAUGCUGCAUUCUCCGCAAGGAUGAGGUGGCACCCUUCCACUUCCUCCUGCUCACAGAUAUGCCCCGUUUUCUGCUGCCAGAGGGGAUGUUGCGUGUAGGCGGAGACUCCCAACUGGAGAAGUUGUUACGAGAAACUGCUGCUCUCUGCCAGGAAUGCUUUGAUCCCAAUGAAUAUUCUAAGGCUGUGCGGGAGGCCAAGCCAGACUUCUCAGAAGAGUGUGCCAGCCCCCGCCAUGUACGACUCUGUCUGCAGGGCUACAGCCGUGAUGAAUUGGCCCAAUCCUUUCAGCGCCUCUCACUUUGCUUGUAUGCUUCCUCUGAGAGUAGUUGCCAGGACCCAGCUCAAGGAGGGAGGACCCAGCGAUUGCUUCUCCCCUCUCACCAAGAGCCCUCUAGCCUUAUUUCUGAUACUUUGGAUUCUGAGCGUGAAUACAUGACACCUGAUUGGGUGGAACCCACAUUCCGGACUCAAGAGCUCCCGUAUGAAGAAUUGUGGACUAAUCAAAACUCAGAGAAUUAUUCUGAAUCUAGCAGCACUGUUCCUGGACUGGAGAAUGCCAAUAAGGGCCAACGGGAUCUUAUCUCUUUUGGGGGUUCACCUUGCCACCGAGGCCUGCUGCAGGAAGACCUUAACGCAGAUGCUCCUCCCCCAGUUCCACCCAAAUCUGAAGCGGUGAGAGAGGAAUGUCGCCUCCUUGUUGCUCCCCCUGUGCCACCUCGUGGUGCCCACACAUCAGCCACCUCCAGCCCUCCAAUGCCUGUGCGCUUUCCCAAGCUCCAAACGGCAGCAUCACCCAGUGCCAACCUCUCAUACUACUCAUCCGGACUUCAUGACAUGUCAAGACCACGAAGCGGUAGCUGCUCCCCGUCUCCGGACUCCUACUCCUUGUACUGCUAUCCCUGCACAUGGAGUGACUGCAAAGUUGGAGAGUCCACAAGUCGGCAGUUGGCCAGCCCUCAAACACAACUGCCAUCUCAGCCCCCACCUGCUCCAAUGUCUUCCUGGUCUGACCCUUGGCCAUGUAAUGAUCCAGGCUCAAGUGUGGCCACUGGGAGAUCCACUCCUCUGUUGGGGAGCAGUGAUGCCAACGCCAUCAAGAGCUACCAUAGCUGCCCUCGCCUGAAACCUCCCCCUCCACAGAAACGCUUUGCUCCCUUUGGUGCUCUUAACCCCUUUUCCAAUCCAGCAUAUUCUUCCAGUCCAGCUUCCUCUUGCUCCUCAGACUGGCUGGAAUCUCUUGAAUGGCAGAAGACAGCUGCCUCUUCCAUAGACACUUUUGAUCUCUUUGAAGGCACUUCCUCCCCAGAGGGGCACCGUAGCCCUGCACCACCAUCUCGCUCAUCGAAACCCUUUGACACGGCUGAAAAUAUUGUCAUUCGGACGUCAGUAGCCCCUUUGUCAUCCACCAUUGUUCAUGGCUCCGAAGCUGGCAUCACCCACCUUUAUCUGGCUCAGGGGGUCAUUGAGGCACCUCCUGCCCGUCUCAAUGGAGAUGGUUCACCCUGGCAGCCUCCUGGCGAUUUAUCGGCGCUGUCACUAGAGGAGGUAUCUAGGUGCUUACGCUUCAUCGGCCUCUCUGAGGAUGUGGUCAGCUUCUUUGCCCGGGAACGCAUUGAUGGUAGUAUCUUUGUACAACUCACUGAGGAGAUCUUAUCUGAGGAUUUUCAUCUAACCAAACUUCAAGUCAAAAAAAUAAUGCAGUUCAUCAAAGGCUGGAGGCCCAAAAUCUAG